AUGCUCCUCCUGAACUCCCGCCUGAGUGUCUCCGUGUUCUCGCGAUACUUACCCUGCGGUUUCACCGUGUUCUCGCGAGAACACACAACCAGCCGCGGAUCCAACAUGGCGGAAGAGGAGGUGCAGAAACUGCAGAAGCACCUGUCCUUGCUGCGGCAGGAGUAUGUCAAAAUGCAGCAGAAGCUGGUGGAGACGGAGAGGAGGUGCUCCCUGCUGGCGGCGCAGGCCUCCGGUCACGGCUCCUCCUCCUCACAGCCCAGCGACUCCUUCAUCAGCCGCCUGCUGGCCAUCGUAGCUGAACUUUAUCAGCAAGACCAGUACAGUGACCUGAAAGUGAAGAUCGGACAGGAGCAGCUGAGUGCCCAUAAGUUUGUCCUGGCAGCGCGCAGUGACGUCUGGAGCCUGGCCAACAUGGCUUCCACGUCCGAGCUUGACCUGUCAGAGGCCAAGCCGGAGGUUGCCAUGGCGAUGCUGCGCUGGGCUUACACAGAUGAGCUAGAGCUGUGCGAAGACGACACCUUCCUCAUUGACCUGAUGAAGCUGGCCAACCGCUUCCAGCUUUACCUCCUACGAGAGAGAUGUGAGAAAGGAGUAAUGUCGUCAGUAAACGUGAGGAACUGCAUUCGGUUCUACCAGACGGCCGAGGAGUUGGACGCUACCACGCUGAUGAACUACUGCGGUGAAAUCAUCGCCAGCCACUGGGACGACCUGAGGAAAGAGGACUUCAGUACUAUGAGUGCUCAGCUGCUGUAUAAGAUGAUCAAAUCCAAGACUGAGUUUCCUCUUCACAAAGCCAUUAAAGUGGAGAGGGAGGAUGUGGUCUUCCUGUAUCUUAUCGAGAUGGAUGCUCAGCUGCCAGGGAAGCUGAAUGAACUGGACAAUAAUGGAGAUCUGGCUCUGGAUCUGGCCUUAUCCAGGAAACAGGAGAGCAUUGCCACCACCUUGGUCAACAACAAAGCAGACGUGGACAUGGUGGAUCAGAGUGGCUGGAGCCUCCUGCACAAAGCCAUCCAGAGAGGAGAUGAGUUUGCUUCCACCUUCCUGAUCCGCCACUCAGCCCAGGUGAACGCAGCCACAGUGGGGGCAGUGGAGACGCCGCUGCACCUCGUCUGCUCCUUCAGCCCAAAGAAACACAGCGCCGAGGUGAUGAGCGGCAUGGCCCGCAUUGCAGAGGCCUUGCUCAAAACCGGCGCCAACCCCAACAUGCAAAACAGCAGAGGACGAACACCUUUACAUGAAGCAGUGCUGUCAGGAAACGAACCUGUGUUCAACCAACUCCUGCAGUGCAAACAACUGGACAUGGAUCUGAAAGACCAUGAGGGGAAUACUGCUCUGUGGCUGGCCCUGCAGUACAUUACAGUAGCAUCUGAUCCCUCCAUUAACCCCUUCGACGAUGACGCCCCUGUAGUUAACGGCACCUCAUUUGAUGAGAACAGCUUUGCGGCUCGACUUAUACAAAGAGGAAGCGAUCCCAAUGCUCCGGAUGCCUCAGGAAACUGCCUCAUUCAGAGAGCAGCCCUUGCAGGAAGUGAGGCAGCUGCCAUCUUCCUGGCUACCCAUGAAGCAAAGGUCAAUCAUACCAAUAAAUGGGGAGAAACUCCCCUGCACACAGCGUGUCGUUGCGGAUUAGCAGCUCUGACAGCUGAGCUUCUGCAGCAGGGAGCCAAUCCUAAUCUACAAACCCACACUGCCUUGCCUGACGCAGGGGACCGGAGCCAUGGUGUCUCCUUACAGAGCCCUCUGCACAUGGCCAUCGUUCACAACCACCCCGACGUUGUGUCUGUCAUACUAGAGCAGAAAGCCAAUGCACUCCAUGCCACCAACAACCUACAGAUCAUCCCAGACUUCAGCCUUAAAGAUUCCUUGGACCAGACUGUGCUCGGACUUGCUCUCUGGACAGGAAUGCACAUCAUUGCCGCACAGCUCCUGGGGUCAGGGGCAGCCAUUAAUGAUACCAUGUCAGAUGGCCAGACUCUUCUCCACAUGGCCAUCAAGAGACAGGACAGCAAGAGUGCCCUCUUCCUGCUAGAGCACCAGGCAGACAUCAAUGUAAGGACUCAGGAGGGACAGACAGCCCUGCAGCUGGCCAUCAGUAACCAGCUCCCCUUGGUGGUGGAUGCUAUCUGUACACGUGGAGCAGACAUGUCAGUGGUGGAUGAGAAUGGAGAUCCUCCACUGUGGCUGGCCUUAAAGAAUGGCCUGGAGGAUAUUGCCUCAACGCUGGUCAGGCAUGGCUGUGACGCAACAUGCUGGAGUACGGGACCGGGAGGGUGCCAGCAGACGUUGCUGCACAGAGCCAUCGAUGAGAACAAUGAGGUCUCCGCCUGCUUCCUUAUACGCAGUGGCUGUGAUGUGAACAGUCCUCGGAGGCCUGGUACUAACGGAGAGGGAGAUGAGGAGGCGCGAGAUGGUCAGAGCCCUCUGCACCUGGCCUCCUGCUGGGGCCUCGAGGAGGUGGUGCAGUGCCUUCUGGAGUUCGGAGCCAAUGUUAAUGCACAGGAUGCAGAAGGCCGGGCGCCAAUCCAUGUGGCCAUCAGUAACCAGCACAGCGUGAUUAUCCAGCUUCUCAUCUCACACCCAGACAUCCGGCUGAACCUGAGAGACCGACUGGGCACGACGCCAUUUGCCUGUGCCAUGACUCACAAGAACAACAAAGCAGCAGAAGCCAUCCUCAAAAGAGAGCCUGGAGCAGCCGAGCAGGUUGACAACAAGGGACGUAACUUCCUUCACAUAGCUGUGCAGAACUCUGACAUUGAGAGCGUGCUUUUCCUGAUCAGCGUGCAGGCUAACGUUAACUCCAGAGUGCAGGAUGCAGCCAAACUCACACCACUGCACCUCGCCGUGCAGGCCGGCUCUGAGAUCAUUGUGCGCAACCUGCUUCUAGCAGGUGCUAAAGUGAACGAGUUGACUAAACACCGUCAGACGGCUCUACAUUUGGCGGCGCAGCAAGAUCUGGCCACAAUUUGCUCUGUGCUGCUCGAAAAUGGUGUUGAUUUCCCAGCUGUUGAUGAGAAUGGAAACAAUGCUCUACACCUAGCUGUGAUGCAGGGACGUCUCAAUAAUGUGCGAGCUCUUCUCACCGAGUCAAACAUUGACGCAGAGGCCUACAAUCUCAGGGGCCAGUCUCCAAUGCAUGUUCUUGGACACUAUGGGAAGGAAAAUGCGGCAGCCAUCUUUGAGCUGUUCUUGGAAUGUAUGCCAGAAUAUCCUCUGGAUAAACCGGAUAGUGAAGGGAAUACAGUUCUUCUGUUGGCUUAUAUGAAAGGAAACGCUAAUCUCUGUCGUGCUAUUGUGAGGGCUGGAGCUCGUCUGGGUGUCAACAACAAUCAGGGCAUAAACAUCUUCAACUAUCAAGUGGCCACUAAGCAGCUCCUCUUCCGCCUCCUAGAUAUGCUGUCCAAAGAGCCCCCAUGGUGUGAUGGCUCCAACUGUUACGAAUGUGCUGCCAAGUUUGGAGUCACUACAAGAAAGCAUCACUGCCGUCACUGUGGCCGCUUGCUCUGCCACAAGUGCUCCAUUAAGGAGAUCCCCAUCAUCAAAUUCGACCUGAACAAGCCAGUCCGCGUGUGUGAUAUUUGCUUCGACGUGCUAACUUUGGGUGGAGUUUCCUAACACACUAGCAGGACAUGGGCGAUGCACACGCUAAACUGGACCGUGGUGGUUAAAAAGGUGGAGAGGGAGAGAAGGGAGGAAAAAAGCAUGGACUAAAUGUAUGGACCACAGUUUUUACUACUAUUGCAGACAUCUCUGAACAAAACAACUGUGUAUGUAUGUUCUAGUACCAACUAGAUCAAGGAAAAUUAAAGUAGUGCAGGAGUUCUUAACUCUAAUCUUGAGGACCCUGUGUUCUGUGACACCCUUGAGCUAAUUAUUGAAGGAGAAAUCCACCCUGAAUGACGUACAUAUCAAUAUUUAGAAUCAAUAUGCCAUCUUCAGUGGUGCAGAUGAUUUAUUUUAGGAUUGACGUUUUUGGGUUGAACUAAAAUCAUCAUGAUGGACUAUUUUCUCUAUGGUUACUGGCUUCCUCCGUUACCCACAAUGCCAUUUGAAUACCUUCUGAUAGUAAUGCCAGUGGGAAUUCAUUUCUACCUUUCUAAAGAGAGAGAUGCAGCAGUGCUUUAGUCCUUACGUCUGUCCAGCUCUCUCACCUCCUCAUCUAUACACUCUGCUCAAACAGAAUUUAACAAAGCUUAAUCGUUCACGCUAACACUGCCGUCACAACCAUCGUGCUUGUAGAUCGCUGAGAAGCCGAGUUAACUUGGCGCAAGUGCAUCAUGUAGCUGCAUUGCAUUCUGGAACUUUGAGUCCAACGUUUGCUGUAUCUGCUAUUUCUACGUGAGUGAGAAAAGAAGCUCGUGCUAAGGAGCGAAGAGACGUACCUCACCAUUAUCCCGUACGUUUGAGAGAGGUAAUUCCCCCCUUUUACACGCUACUGUAACCUGGCUAGCAGUGUCCCCCUGUGACAUCAGAGCAGCUAACUUCUCACAGGUAUAACGAAAAUACAGCACCAAAAUCUCUAAGCACAUUACAGAUUCCAUUAUAAACACAUUUAAUGUGUUUCAGGGUGAAGUUUUCCUUUAAUGACAAUGGUCUGUUGAGAAUAUGGACUUCAGAUUGUGCAUGGUAUGGGGUCUGCAUGACUGGAGUUAAGAACCUCUGAAGUAGCAGAAUGCUAUUGAAGUAGACCUAGUAGGUGUUGUAGGUGCCAGGCCUGAAGAAAGAAACCGAUAAUGGGGGAAGCUGUAGAGGGAAUGAUUAUAGACCUGUAGAAAUUAAUUACAAAAUCAACAUCAGUCAUCAUAGUGUUUAAAAAAAAAAAAACACACACACAUACAUAGAUUUGAAGAUUAUUUCAUUAGCGAGCACUGAC